GAGGGAGCGGAGAAUCUAGAAAGUUCAUUAGGCCGAAAGACACCGUGCGGCAAGGUACUGUACACAGCAAGGAUAAUGUAGAGGAUAUACAAACCGUCGGAUAUACAUUUCACUCAAGAUGAUGCGAUUCGUGCUGUGUGUUCUGUCCUUCGUGGCCUUGUCUUCUGCCUCUCCUUCGUCGCCGUCACACGGAUCCACAGUGGCCCCGACGCCGUUAACUCCUGUCACUUCCCUUUGCAAAGUCAUGGAUACCCCUGACGUCUGCCAGAUGAAGAAGACUCAGUGCGGCUUCAUCACGAAGGCCCUUUCUCCUCCGGGCGGAUACAUCAAGACUUACGUCAACUGUGCGAAGGAAGCCGGUGUCGUUCUGGGGUCCUUCUUCUACACGAGCAUUAGUGAUGCUUUCAAGAGCGGAGCCCCAGAGACAAUCGUUGAGAUGACCUCUCCUGACCCCAAAGUGGUUACCGGCAUCCGCCGCUGCGCCAUGAACGCUACAGGCCUGGUGUUCCCCGACAUGAGCUUGGACCGCAUGGCCAUCGCCAACAUCCUCGUCGUGACCGCCGGCGGAUCUCCCCUGGGCUACGCCGUGGCUGCCGCCUCCGCCUCCUGCUCCCAGCCUCGCUCGUACAGGAUGGCCGACUACUUGAGUUGCCUCAAGCAGGCUUGUAUCAAGCAACUGGUCCUGCCCACUGAGCCCGCUCCGUCUCCGCCAGCCUUCUCCAGCCAGUCCCCCGGCAGCUCUUCCUGAGGCGGCAGGAGCGCUCUCAGCCUUCUGUUAACUUGAUCACGGACUUCACUGCAGAUGGCUCUUGGCAGUAUGGCGUCUUCCGAACUUAGCUCCAAGUUCUGGACUCUUCCUUUCGAUAAUACUCUAAGAGACUGU